AUGUUUCAACAAGACGGCGUCGAUUCGACCAGGUACUUUUGGAUGAAAGUCAGCUAUGAUCAUACGGUGAUCAGAAUCAAUGCAGACGCCACGCCUGACGUGAGUCACGGGACAGAAGAAACAGCCCCUCUGGGGUUCAACGCCAAACUGGAGUGGCAGGACAAAACCUUACCAGACUCAUCGGCGUCAGUGUUGAAUCCCCGGGUUGUCUCUACGGCGCCGCCGCCGCCUGUUUACUCGUUCAGCCACGCGUACGAAAUCAUAAACCCCCUAAAGGAAUACCCCUGCCUCUUCCGGAUAUUGAUAUUCAAUGCCUGUGUGGCGUUCCUGCUUCUGCCGACCGGCUUAACGUGCAAUUGCUUCUCGGACUUCUGCCCGUACUACACCGGCGUCUGGACGGCUCUGUUGUUGUUCAUAACCGUUAUUCUUGGCAUAGUGGCGGUCAGAACCGACAGAACGAACCUGUUCGUCGCCUUACUUGUCCUCGCCGUGCUGUCGACAGUCGCCUGCAUCAUCUUGGGUGUGUUCAGCGUGCUGAACUGGCUGAAAGUGGGCGACCCUGAAGACGUGAGUCACAUUUGUCUGCUGCGGCAUUACGACGCCGAUCGACUCAGCUACAUUUACCGAUUCCAGACGAAAUACGACUUCGACUCUUGCGUGAAGAAUGUGAAAAUGGGACUGUCGUUGAACGCCGUCAUGAUUCUCCUGGCUGCCACUGAAAGUAAACGUUUGUCUAAUAUUAGAAUGGGAUACGUCUGUUUUUGA